AGAACGUCUUUGGAUUAUUCUCUGUGCUUCUUGUGAGCUAAAAGAAAACAUCUAUCUACAUUCUCUUUGGUUUUUGUUCAAAAAACUAGUAGAUUUCAAAUUUUCAGAUCUCAAGUUUACUGAAAAUGGGGAGUUGUGUCUCCCUCUCAGUACCUUUGGAUAAUUUGGUGAAUAAAGUGUCUCAAUGUCUAGACGAGAAAGUUGGUUACACUCACAAUCUCGAGAAGAACCUCACGGCUUUGGAGACAACCAUAGCAGAGCUCAAGGCUAAGCGGGAUGAUUUGUCAACAAAGCUCAAAAGAGAAGAGGAUAGCGGUCUACAAAGGCUUGCCGAAUUCCAGGUAUGGCUUGAUAGAGUUGAGACUAUUCAAAAGGAAGUUAAUGAUAUCUUUAGUGCUAGAAAUGUUGAACUCCAAAGGCUGUGUCUUUGUGGGUUUUGCUCUAAGAGGUUACUGUCAAGCUACCAUUACGGGAAAAGUGUUUUCUUGACGUUGGGGAAAGUUGAGAAACUGAAAAAUAAAGAUUUUAAAGAGAUCACUGCGCAAGCUCUUACACCUGAUGAGGUGGAGGAGCUACCUCUUCAACCGACAAUUGUUGGUCAAGAGAAAAUGCUCAAGAAAGCAUGGAAACAUCUCAUGGAAGAUGGAGUUGGUCUUAUAGGUAUGUACGGUAUGGGCGGUGUAGGGAAGACAACUCUUCUCACACAGAUCAACAAUAAGUUAAGUGAGAAUAGACAUGGUUUUGACUACGUUAUUUGGGUUGUGGUGUCAAAAGAGUUGCAGAUAGGGAAGAUUCAAGAUGAUAUCGCCCAAAAAGUUGGUCUUGGUGAAGAGGAGUGGAAAGUAAAAGAUAAAGGUCAAAAGGCUGUUCAUUUAUUCAAUUUCUUAAAGAAAAAGAAAUUUGUGUUGUUUUUAGAUGACAUAUGGGAGAAGGUGGAAUUAGCUGAGAUCGGAGUUCCGGAUCCAAGAUCACUAAAAGGAUGCAAAGUGGCAUUUACCACUCGUUCUCAAGACGUAUGUGGACGCAUGGGGGUUGAAAACCCAAUGGAAGUCCGAUGCUUGGAGGAAGCGGAUGCAUUUGAUUUGUUCCAAAAGAAGGUUGGAGAAACAACACUUGGAAGCCAUCCCGGAAUCCCUGAAAUUGCAAGUAAAGUUGUUAAAAAAUGUUGUGGCCUACCAUUGGCUCUCAACAUCAUAGGCGAGACCAUGUCAUGCAAGAAGACGGUAGAAGAAUGGCGUAACGCUAUAAAUGUUUUGAAUUCAUACGCUGCAGAGUUUGAAGGCAUGGUCGAUAAGGUCCUUCCACUUUUGAAAUUUAGCUAUGAUAGCCUUAAAGGGGAGCAUGUCAAAUCGUGUUUGCUAUACUGUGCGUUAUAUCCAGAAGAUGCUCAAAUUGUGAAAGAAGAAUUGAUAGAGUACUGGAUAUGCGAGGAUAUCAUAGAUGGAAGUGAAGGUAUAGAAAAGGCUGAAGACAAGGGUCAUGAGAUUAUUGGUAGUCUUGUCCGCGCAUCAUUGUUGAUGGAGGGGGAUGAUAAACUUGGACGAGGUGUUGUAUGUAUGCAUGAUGUUGUUCGUGAAAUGGCCUUAUGGAUCGCUUCUGAAUUGGGAACACAAAAAGAGGCCUUCGUUGUGCGUGCAGGUGUUGGGUUACUUGAAAUUCCAAAGGUUAAGAAUUGGAACGUUGUGAGAAAGAUGUCGUUAAGGGAUAAUAAGAUUGUUAAUCUCGAUGGCAGCCCUGAAUGUAUGGAACUCACAACUUUGCUCCUGGGAAGGGGAGAAUAUGGAAGAAUCUCGAGUGAAUUGGAAAAGAUCUCAAGUGAAUUCUUCAGUUACAUGCCAAAGCUAGUUGUUUUGGAUCUAUCAGGUAAUGAAAAUCUCUCUGAAUUGCCGGAAGGAAUAUCAAAUCUAGUUUCCUUGCAAUAUCUCAACUUGAAAGCAACCGGUAUACGCUGUUUGCCAAAGAAGGUACUACAAGAGUUGAAAAAACUAAUUCACUUGGAUUUGGAGUAUACAUCAAAGCUUAAAAGUAUUGUUGGGAUAUCAGAUCUGUAUAGUUUGAAAGUUUUGAAAUUACGUGGAUCUGAUUUACCAUGGGAUCUCGACACAGUGAAGGAGUUGGAAACUUUGAAACAUUUAGAAAUUUUAACCAUAAAUUUCAAUGUUACUCCAAGUCUGGAACGUUUUUUGAGCUCUCCUAGGCUGAUGAGUCGUACACGAUUUCUAAAGAUCUCUGAUCAUUUUGUAUCAUCACCAAAUAGAAAUCUUGAAUCAACUGGAAUAUCACUUUCAGGAUCUAUGGACAAGCUUCGGGUAUUCAGUAUUGAGAAGUGCCGUAUCCCUGAGAUAAAGAUCGGAAGGAGAUACAGCUUCUUGAGCCUUGUCGGAGUGUAUAUAAGAGGUUGUGAUAGCUUGAAGGAAUUGACGUUUCUGAUGUUCGCUCCAAAUCUUAGAGUUCUUGGUAUUUUUGAUGCAAAAGACAUGGAAGAUAUAAUAAACAGAGAGAAUGCUUGUGAAUGUGAAGAAUCGGUGAAUAUUCCUUUCCAAAAGCUGAAUUUUCUUCGUUUAGGUUAUCUACCGAAGCUGAAGAAUAUAUAUUGGAGUCCUCUACCCUUUCCAUGCCUAGAGAAAAUCGAAGUAAGGAAUUGUCCAAAUCUGAAAAAGCUUCCACUUGAUUCCAAAAGUGGCAAGCAAGGUGAAAAUGGAUGCAUCAUACAUUACGAAUCUCCACGAUGGAUUAAAGAUGUGCAAUGGGAAGACGAAGCUACCAAAAUACGAUUCUUAUCUUCAUGCAAACAGGAGGAUUGAUUCUAGGAGAAGGAGACCCAUGCUUAUUUACUAAGGGAGGUUCAUAAUGUCGUCGAUCGUUCGGGUUAAUUUGUUCCAAAUCAAAACUUUCUAUCUUUUUAUUAUAAUACUCUGUAUUGGCAUUGUGUGACUAUGAUUUCUAAUAAUAUUGCAAAAAAAUUGUUGAAACUAA